GACUCGGCGCAUUUCACAGCAAAUCCAUUGACCAAUAUCAUUUCAAACUUCAAGAUUCUUUGCGCCUUUUACAACUUCGACAUUUCACAACUAAUACUUAAAGAGAAUGCUGACCUGCAAUCUAUAAGCGCACCUAUGAAAAAUCUGCUGACUUCUCUUUCUUAUUACGCUCAAAAUAGCGCCGUACUGUCAUCAGAAAAUGCAGACAUAGAUAUCCGCCUUAGUUCUAUUCAGAAACAACUAGCUUUACAUAGUAUUCAAUUGACUUCUUCCAUUCCAUUAAUAAAUUCCAUAACAUCUAAUGCUACAGACAUCGAAGUAUGGAAUGAAGUGUCCGAACUUGUUGACAACCACGAGCCAAUCCAAUUGCCGGACACCAAUCUUCCUUCUGCCAAGCAAGGUGAUGCGCGUCACAGGCGGUGUACAGCCCCAUACAAAGGUGCCGACUGGAUCACGGAAACGUUGAAAGAAGCGCGUCGUACUGAGCUGGCCGGUACUAUUUUCGAAAAUGUUGGCAGAUUUUACGAAAAGUAUUUUGUGGGAACAACCUGGGCCGGCCAGUGUAAGGAAAUCGCCAAGCGCUAUGAGAAAAGGCAAGACAAAUCGACGUUCAAGUUUCACAAGGAUCCCACAGAGAAGAAUUUCUGGCAAUGGAUAAAGGAAGUCCAAGCUGAGUUCAUCGAGCCACACAAGCCCGAUGAGUCAGGUGAAAGUAAGGACAACUUCCCCCUGCGAGCCGAUACAUUUCAUACGACUGGACCCAAGCAGAUCAAAGGAGGACUAGCCAUACGACAGAUUGAUAUCUUCAUCAAGAGUCGAGAAAAAGCUGCAAAGGCCCAUGAUUGGCGGGAUAUCCUUGUUUUGGGAGAGCUGACUGAGCUUUCUUCUGCACACUGGGUCGACAAGUUUCUUCAGCUCUCGGUCUACAUGCGGGAAAUAUUUUCGGCACAGCCAUUGCGGCAAUUUGCGCACGGGUUUCUCAUGUUCGGGACGCAAUUGCAGCUGUGGAUCUCGUGGAGAGUAGUCGUGCAACUGUCAGAAGUUGAACUUUUGAUGAGAGCACGCAACUUGAGGGGAGUGGCAACACUAAUUGGAUCACGGAAUCACGUCAAGAUUAGCGACCUUCGAAGCGGGCUUAAUUUUACGGAAGAGAUGAACAGAGAUAUCCAUCCUCUGGAGAUGAAGAUGACAACCGCUGGCAACUCUCUACAACCAGGAUCGUCUAAUCCGGAUGGAAACGUCGAGUUAAGCAAGGGUGUCAAACAUGAUAGCGAAUUGGUUGCCGGUAGAGCCAACAAAAAAUUGCGGAGAAGCGAAAGAUCGUGUGUCUCGAGUAUUACGAGGCAAGCUCUUUACAAUGCUUCAAAGGCGCGUGUACGCAAAAAUGGCAAGUCGACUGGCUCGCGAAAGAAACCUGUGCCGAAAACUGUUCCCAAUCCUAUGACCCAAGAUGUGACUCCAGAAACCCCUUCAGUUCCAAUAAACUUGCCUGCCGAAAGUAGCUACAGUGUCGCUGAGGGAUCGAACUCGUCUUUAGGCAAACGGCCCAGGAAUGCAGAUGAGACUGAUUUCGAAGUCCAGACGGUAUCAGAGCCUGAUCUGAAGAGACUUUGCAUUUCGAGCAAUGUUGGGGAGUCUUUAUCGGAAGCCGUAGCUGAACCUGAGUCCAAUCAGGUCACUAACAAUCCAAGUGCUCCAGCUUAA